AUGGACAACAGAAACACUUUGCAAAAAGGCUACGAUGAAAUGAAGGAUCAAUUCAGCACCAGAAAGGAUGCCAUUUCUGAAUCCACCAAAUAUUCCAGUCAAAAAGAUGACACCACUGAAAAAGUGGCUGAUGCCCUUGUUCGUCCAAAGGAGGAUGUGAAGGAACAAACAUGGUCUGAGUCUGCAAAGAACCUUGGUAUCUCGGCUUACAACACUGUCUCUGAUACGGUCAAUAAGGCUUAUGAAACAUUGACAGGAUCUGGUGGUUCGUCAACAGACAGAGAAAGUAAAUGA